AUGCCGGUCAAGGAGCUAGAGCAGCCAUGCAUGGAGUGCAAGGAUGCUGAAUUCAAAAUCACCGUUCGCCAGCGGAAACUUUGCAACUUUUGCUACAAGCGCUUCAUUGCUCAUAAAGUCAUUGCGCGCAUGAGUCGCUAUCGACCAUAUAAAUUAGAUCAGCCACGUCACCAGCUACUUCUUCCCGUAUCGUUCGGCGUCUCGUCGUCGGUCUUGUUGCAUAUAUUAAACGCUGAUCGCCAGAGGCGUCAAGAUGAAUCACGCCUCAUAGGCUACGACUUCCACAUCCUUGUCGUCGAUCCAUCCACAGUCUCAACGACAGAACGAACCUCGUUCGACCAAAAGUUUGAGCUGAUGCAAAAGAUUUUCCCUGCCCACACUUUCACUCGCAUUCCCUUCCACGGCAUCUUUGACCACGCCCCAGAGAUGGAAGAGAUCAUGCGGAAAUAUGCCGGGGCGCAUUUUAAGGAUGAUCCCUCACUCCCCAACGAAGAGCGUCUGGCUGCCUUCCGCGCCUCUAUCUCUACAGCCACAUCCCAAGCCGAUAUCGACACCGUUUUACUGACCAGGCUCAUCGUUACAUUCGCGAAGAAACUUGAGUGCAAAUCUGUGCUUUGGGGUGAUUCAGAUAGUCGUCUUGCCGCGAAAGCACUUGCAGGUGUUGCCAAAGGGCGUGGAGCCUCACUCACUUGGCAAGUCUCCGAUGGUAUGUCUCCUUGGGGAUUGGAGUUCGAGUACCCCCUACGUGAUCUCUACAAGGCGGAAUUACUCCAGUAUGAGAGUCUAUGCCCGGAGCUUUCCGAUAUAGUCAUUCCCGACCAGCCACCCUCCGAAAAUGUUCUUACCAAAAACCUGUCCAUCGAUGAGCUCAUGCUACGAUAUGUCCAGGGCCAGGGUGCAAAAUACCCGGGCGUCAUGGCAAACGUCGCAAGAACAGCGAACAAGCUAGAAUCCUCUACUUCUGGCGCCGCAGCUACAUGUGCUCUGUGUGCUGGUCUCUUGGGAAAUACCGAGGGAAACACCGGAGUGACUGUUGCCAACCAGGCUCAGGAUAACCUAAGCUCCCAAUUUUGUUACGGAUGCAUGCGGUCUCGCCCUGAGGAUGUUUGCUAA